AUGGUGAAGGUCAAAAUGCCGCUCGCGGUUGUGUUGACCACGUGCGUCUUUGCAGCUGCCGCGACGGCCGAGAUCGUUGAAUUUGUCAACAAGUGCUCGUUCCCCAUUGAGCUCUUCCACAGCCAAAAGGGCUCGGCCGCGACCAAGAUCACGGACAUUCCCUGUGGCGAGAGCUUUUCGAAGGAAGUGUCGGGUCCCGCCCACAUGUUCCGGCACUCGGCCAGUCCGUCGUCGACGUUGGUCGAACUCGCGUGCGACGAUUGGUUCUGGUUUGACCUCAGCGUCAUCCCGCCCAUGCCGGGCUGGUGUACGAGCUACGAAGACUGCAAGGCCGGGGGCAAGAAGGGCUUCAACGUUCCUAUUUCCAUCAAGCCAAAAGCUAAUAUCGGCAAAGGCACGUGUGCUUAUCUCGAGUGUGCCGCUGACGACAAGGAGCUGUGUGCUGACGCAUACCAUUACCCCAUGGACAACAUCAAGACGCACAGCUGUCCAGUGGGCACGGGUUUGGAAGUCACCUUUUGCUAUGACGGCUCGGACGGCACGGGCAACAGUGGGGACCAGUACACGCACCAAGAGCCUGUGCCUUCCCACAAGCAGGGUGUACCGGAGCUACCGGACAUCGCAGAGCAGGAUGAGCCCUUGGAUCCAGCUGUUGUGGUAAACGCCACGAUAGGGCUCUCCCCUGGACCUUUAGCUGCGUCGAAAGAGGACGAUAGCGAAGACGUGACCCAGCAAGACCCGACCCAGCAAGAUCCUAGUCAGGAGACCCCGGGUCUUGGGGAAGUCAAGGUCACGUACUCGUACAAGGGCGAGUUUGCUGGCAACGUACCGGGAUCGUACGACCGCGUGGUUGAGUUGCGGGAGUGUGUGAAAAAGUCCGUGAGUAUCCAAAGUCCAGUGGGUCCAAUGUCCGAGCCCGUGUCCAUGAUCUUCCGUGCUCCUAUGGUGAUUGAACACAUUUCCGUGUUUGUCGCUGCCGAUGGCAACGGAACGUGGAAGCGCGACUCGUUCUACUCGCGCAAGGAAGGAGUGGUGGAGAACAUGGUGUUUAUGAACAACAUGAAACCCGACUACUCCGGGAAGGGUGCAUUCGGGCCGCAGUCGUUUGCUUCGGAAGAUGGCAAGUCAUGCGCGGAUGAACCGACGGUGUUCAACGGUUUUCUUGAAGAUGCGUCGAGCCCGUCGACGGUUGGCGGCGGCCCGGGCAUUUCGACCGGAACGGAGAUCAACAUUGUGACGGCCAAGAAAUGCGAUAGCGAAUCGUGUCUCGGUUUCUUUGGCGCGAAUAACUACCAAGGCUGGGGUGGUGGCAAGAAGGCGUUUGUGACUGAGGUUAUGAUGCCCGUUGGUCCUACAGUCAACCAACCGGCGAUUUGGAUACUUAAUGCUCAGGUGAUGCAGUCGAAUCAGUACCAAUGCAACUGCCGCGGUAUCGGUCCAAAGGGUGGCUGUGCUGAACUCGACGUUGCUGAGGUGAUUGAGACGAACCCUGCGCGGGACAUGGUGACGACGCACUACUAUUUCUACGACGGCACGAUUUUGAGCCCGAAGGGAGACAACUUUGCGCCUCGCUCGUACGACCAGACCACGGUCUACGUCACGCUCAUUGAUGACUCGAACGAAGGUCUCAUUAAGAUUGUGGAGCUCGCGAGUUUCGACUUUUCGACCACGGACUUGGGCCCGCUGUACCAGCAGUUGGUGGACUGCUAA